CUGGAUGGUUAAGGUUGGGCGUGUCCCUUGCUGCAGCUAAAAGAGGGAGGGGCUGGUGUACAACUUGAAUUCUGCAGAAGUCAGACCAGAGUACUAUACUAGCUAUAGUAAUGGCACAAGUUGAGGGAUCUAGCACUCAACUCUCCCAACUGCGUGCUGCUGGACUGUUCCUGCGUCGCAAAGCAGGGCAGGAGUUUCACACAUACAUCAGCAUUCUCAACUACAACCCUGAUCACUAUGAGAUCCUCCUUCGCAAGUGGCCAAGCGAACCAUUUUUCCAUCAUCUAGGAGCCUUCUCUGGCCCUGUGAUUGCUGGGGAAGAUCCUCAAACAACUCUGCUUCAGGAGAGCCAAAAGUGGUCCAUUAAUCUCGCAGCUGAAGCAGGACUGGACAGUGGUCAUGGACUGGAGGGGAGACGAGCCAUAUUCCUCUCAGUGCAAGGUGGAGGAGCACAGACUGAUUCAUCAGCAACCAGGAAGAAAUUAGUCAUAAGCUAUGUUAUUCCUGUCAAACACACAGACUCGUCGGUAAUAUCCAAGUACCCAAAUUCUCCCGAGUACCCAAAGUUUUACAACUUGAGCGAGAUUCUAAAGAAAAUGUUUGCAGGAAGGGUGAAAAUUCACCCCCACACACAACAAAUGCUGUCCUCACUUGACCACUGGUUACGUGAACAGCAUGCAGUGCCAGGAGCCAUCAAUGCUCUUUUUGCUCCCAGCUUGCGAUCUAGGAUCAAGAUGUUCUUUAGGAAUCCCCUCAUUUCCCAGGAUGGAUACACACCAAAUCAGUCCUUUCAUUCCCACCCUCUGCUCAGUUCCACUCCAUUUCAUGGCCGUGGUGCAGAGAAUACCCUGCAAGAGACAACAGCCUUCACGCUGGCAAAGUUGAGCGAGACAUCAACAUCACUUCGAGUGUAUCCAGUGGACAUGAUCAUCAAGAAUCCCCUGUUUGGAUCUGGCCUUACAUUUGAAAAGGCUAAUCGAGCAGUUGCCAAUAAAUAUUUUGGCAAGGGAGUGCCCGACUACGAUGCUGUCAGCAAAGCUAAAGGGAAGUGGGUCAUUCAAGUGCAAGGAGAUGGGCUCCCUGACUGGACUGAGUUGUAUCCUCUGCACAAGUUUGCGUGUGCUGGAGAUGCUGAGGGGGUGAUGAGGUGUAUACGACUUGGCAUAUCCCCUGAUGAACGAGAUUCAGACACCUGGUCACCACUGCACUAUGCAUGCUGGUAUGGUGAAUUAGGUGUAGUCAAGGUUCUUUUGAAAGAAGCUCCGGGAUCCAUUGGAAUACAAAACAGCUCUGGCUCUACUCCUCUCCACCUGGCUGCCGCCACCGGGCACAAAGAUCUGGUUGCCUACCUUCUCAAGCAGAAGGGAAUUGGACGUCUCAAGGCUGCCCUCGACAAUGACGGUAAAUCUCCUCUGGCUGUGUGCCUGGAGUGCAAGAUGAACGACUGGGAGGAAACCACACAAGUACUCAGAGAAGCAUACAAGAACAACACUGCUGAUGAUGUACCAGUUUCGCCAGCACUUCUUUCCUUCUCUUCUCAACCCAGCCCAUCAGUGGAGAAUCUCCUUGUAGAGGGCACUCACCCGUGGCAGCACGAUGAAGAGGAUAUUGGCGAGGACCUUGAUAUCAGAGGCAGCCUGAAGAACAUUGACAUGCUAGACGGGAGGGAUGAUAAAAAGAAGCAGAGUCUGAGGAGGCACAGGGUCAAUUUCAUGAGUGGACAACACAGAGUGGCUCAUUUCUUCAACGGACGAGAAACUCCAGCCAGUGAUGUCAUUCAAGAUCUUUAUCGCUUGAUGAAACUGACCAAGGAGUAUCAAAGCUUGUUUGCUCUGUGGAUAAUGUCUAAAGACUUCGAGAUUCAGCUCGGCGACACAGACAAGCCGUCAAAGCUGAUGUCAACCUGGAAGACAUUCAUUGCACAGUACAAGCGAUCUAAAGGCUCCACCCCAAACAAGGGACGUGGGAAGCAAGACCAGGACUCCCCAGCUCUCUAUCUUAGGAGAAACGUAUUCUACCCGGUGGAGAGAGAAAAAACGAUUUCCGACUCUACUACUCUCGAGCUUCUCUAUGCUGACGCUCAAAAUCAUGUGCUGAGUGGAUACUAUCCCUGCUCUGAAGACGAUGGUCUCUAUCUGGCUAGCAUAACAAUGCAGAUUUUGUAUGGAGAUUACAAUCCAGACGUUCACAAGCCUGGUUUUCUCAAGGACAAGUUGCAAAGUGUGCUCCCUCGCUCCAUGGUAACUUCUAAGAGGAAGGUGGAGUUCGAGAGACGAGUUCUUGUCAAGUUUGCCGCAAUGACCAACUUAAACAUCGGAGAAACAAAGCUUUUGUAUGUGGCGUACCUGAAACACUGCCGCCAGUGGAAAUACUAUGGUGCGAUAUUAUUUGAUCUGACUCUACAGACCAAAGGAGCUCGACUUAUGUAUCAUGGGAAACUGGGCCACAAAUCCGAGCUACAGCUUGGGGUUGGAAUCAACACUACAGGAUUCCAUUUUGUGAACAGAGAGACUAAUGUGUACAUUGACUCGCUUCCAUUGGACAGUGUUCAGUGGGAUGUCUCAAAGAACCAGAUGGUUAUGUACAGAAAAGAUUGCUCUGUGAACCUAGUUAUAAACACUAAGCAGGCCAGUCUCAUCCACUCUCUGAUCACACGUAUGGUGGAGCAGUACACAGGAGUGGGGACUGAGGGUGCACGUACAAGCAUAACUAGCACAUAAGCAGAACAAGCUAGCAUUGUAUACUUGUAGCUUAGUUGACAGUAACAACUUUUUGAGUUGAAUAUCAUUACCACAAAAGUGUACAUUAUUA